CCUAUAAAUAUCAUAUUUAAACGGCUGAUAAAAAUAAUCCUUUUUUAAUUUUUUGACAAUUCGUUUAACGGUUGCCGUGGAUACGAAUUUAUUAUUUAUUUUGAAAGAUUUUUUUUCUCGAACUAAAAAAUGGAUUCCGUAACUAGCACGGAUGACUUGAAUUUGGAAAUGAAAACUAUCCAAGAGAAUGUCCUGUUGGACAUAAUUAAAGAAUUACGCAGUGAGAGUAAAUUAUCAACAAAACUGAAAGGAAAAGUGAAUAGGAUAAUAGCCGAAUGUGACCUCACGCAUCACUCAAGUCUUCACAAGAUGAGCACUGCUGAUGAAAGCACUUCUACGUUAUUAGGAUUCAUGCACCAAACAUCAGCCGAGUUGUCAUAUGAGGAGCAAGCGGAACUCAAUCAAGCAAUUAUACAGAAGAUACAAAACAAAAUACCCACACUCACCUCAGAGUUGGAACAUCUGAAACAGACUGCUGUUAAUGGCAAAAAGUCUCGCAAGGAGCAAAUGAAAGAACUGCAGGAAGGUCUGGAUGAUAAGCUGAAUACGCUCCAGGAGCAGGAGAAUGAGAAAGUGGAGCUGAUGAUGGAGUGGCUGAACCACCGGCUGCAGGAGGUCACCAGGUUCAAUGACAGCUCCAGCGAACUGCUCACAUUGAAGACUAGGGUCUUGGAGCUCAAAUCUAAGAUUCUACAUCUUCAAAUUCUUCAAAACAUUUUCACCGAAACCAAUCAAUCUAUAAAGGCGUAUAGUGAAGUACACAAAGACCUUAGAGACAGCAUAAAAGAAACGGAGCAGAGAAUAAAAAAUUUCAGAGAUAUUAUAGAAAGUGAUUUCGACUGAUAUAUCGUAUUUUUAUAUAAAUGUUUAGGAUCUAAGUAUUUUACGAAUAAUGAAAUUAUAUGCGUUUAUGGCAGGGACAUGACCUGGAAUAUGAAUAUA